AUGAGUUUUGUCGUGAAACUUCACAGACAUUUUCAACGGACAGUCAUUUUGCUGGCCACUUUUUGCAUGGUGAGCAUAGUUAUUUCGGCGUACUACUUGUACAACGGCUACAAACAGGAAAACGAACUUUCUGAAGUCUCUUCCGAAGUGGAGUGUGGUGAUCCUCAGCUGUUGCCCUACAAGCUGACGGAGACGAAGACGGCGAAGCCCGCCGAUCCCCCGAGGACAGAGCUCGUGGUGCUGGUGUUCGUGGAAAGCCAGUACUCGACCUUAGGCCAGGAUAUCGUAACCGUUUUAGAAUCUAGCCGGUUUCAGUUUCACAUUGAGAUCGCCCCUGGGAAAGGUGACCUCCCGGUCCUCACAGACAGAAACAGAGGCAAAUACGCUCUCAUAAUAUACGAAAAUAUUCUGAAGUACGUGAACAUGGACUCGUGGAACAGAGGCCUUCUAGAUAAGUACUGUAUAGAGUAUGGUGUAGGUGUCAUUGGAUUUCACAAAGGCAAUGAGAACAGCUUGCAGAGCUUUCAGCUGAAGGGCUUUCCUUUCCAUGUCCACAGCAAUCUGGGUAUUAAGGACUGCUGCAUUAACCCUCAUUCCCCGCUGCUCCACGUGACGAAAUCUUCUAAGCUUGAGAAAGGUCCCUUGCUUGGAAACGACUGGGCGGUUUUCCAGAUUAAUCAUACGGCUUAUCAACCUGUGAUAUUUGCAAAAGUGAAGACGCCAGAAAACCUUUCACCACCUGCUGCUCUGAGCACUCUCUAUGCCACGGUAAUUCAUGACCUGGGGCUCCAUGAUGGGAUUCAGCGAGUGCUUUUUGGCAAUAACUUGAAUUUUUGGCUGCACAAGCUGAUUUUCAUAGAUGCCAUCUCUUUCCUCUCUGGAAAGAAGCUCAGACUGUCCUUGGAUAGGUACAUUCUGGUUGACAUAGAUGACAUUUUCGUUGGGAAGGAGGGAACAAGAAUGAACACCAACGAUGUACAGGCGCUGCUUGACACUCAGAACCUUUUGAGAGCCCAGAUUACAAAUUUUACUUUCAACCUGGGAUUUUCAGGGAAAUUUUAUCACACAGGGACUGAGGAGGAAGAUGAAGGCGAUGACCUGCUGCUGAGAUCUGUAGAUGAGUUCUGGUGGUUUCCCCACAUGUGGAGUCACAUGCAGCCUCACCUCUUCCACAAUGAGUCCUCACUGGUGGAGCAGAUGAUCCUCAACAAAAAAUUUGCCUUAGAACACGGUAUUCCAACGGAUUUGGGCUAUGCAGUGGCUCCACACCAUUCUGGAGUCUACCCAGUACACGUUCAACUUUACGAUGCUUGGAAAAAGGUCUGGAAUAUCAGAGUGACCAGCACAGAAGAAUACCCCCAUCUGAAGCCCGCGAGGUUUAGACGAGGCUUCAUCCACAAAAACAUCAUGGUGCUUCCUAGGCAAACUUGUGGCUUAUUCACCCACACAAUUUUCUACAAAGAGUAUCCAGGAGGCCCGAAAGAACUAGACAAAAGUAUUCAAGGAGGGGAGUUGUUCUUCACGGUGGUUCUCAAUCCAAUCAGCAUCUUCAUGACGCAUUUGUCUAAUUAUGGAAACGACCGCCUGGGCUUGUACACCUUUGUGAAUCUGGCCAACUUCAUUCACACCUGGACAAACCUGAAACUGCAAACUCUUCCUCCGGUGCAGCUGGCUCACAAGUAUUUUGAACUGUUCCCUGAGCAAAAGGACCCACUCUGGCAGAAUCCCUGUGAUGACAAACGGCACAGAGAUAUCUGGUCUAAAGAAAAAACCUGUGACCGAUUGCCAAAAUUCUUGGUCGUAGGACCCCAGAAAACUGGUACCACAGCCUUGUAUUUGUUCCUGAUCAUGCAUCCUUCCAUCAUUAGUAACUCCCCCAGCCCAAAAACCUUUGAGGAGGUACAGUUCUUUAAUAGAAAUAACUACCACAGGGGGAUUGAUUGGUACAUGGAUUUCUUCCCCGCUCCUUCUAAUGUCACCUCUGACUUCCUCUUUGAGAAAAGUGCCAACUAUUUCCAUUCUGAGGAAGCCCCGAAACGAGCUGCUUCCCUCAUCCCCAAGGCCAAGAUCAUCACCAUCCUCAUCGACCCAUCCGAUCGAGCCUAUUCCUGGUACCAGCACCAGCGAUCGCACGAAGAUCCCGCAGCUCUGAAAUUCAGCUUCUAUCAGGUGAUCACAGCUGGACCUCGAGCCCCCACUGAGCUUAGAGCUCUCCAGAAGAGAUGCUUAGCACCUGGCUGGUAUGCUACCCAUAUAGAAAGAUGGCUAACUUACUUCCCACCUUAUCAG